AUGGAGAUCGGCAUGGCAGAAGUGGCACUGGUUUUUCUCGGGGCGAUGGGGCUCGCACUAGUGGUGUUGUGGCUCUAUCGUGUCGCGCAAUACCGCGGGGCCGUGAGACGUUCACAGGCGCGUUGGCUGGCGUACGAGCCUGCACAUGUGCUCACGGAGGACGAAUUGGGACUCAAUUGGCCCAGUUUGAAACCAAUUCUGCUGUCGCCAAUACUCGAGGAGCGGCAUGAGAGUGGACGUGAGUCAGAAAACGACUCGAUGGUGUCGACGCGGCGGGAUUCGCUGCCACUGAGUGCGAUCUCGGUCAUUGCCUAUGGGAGCUACGAGCAAGCAGUGGCGAAGACUGCAAAGGUGUAA